CCAUCAAGCAAAGCAAGAAGAAGAAGUUGAAGACAAAAAUCAAGAAAACGCGAUCACGAAAGGCUGUGAAGGGAAGACAAAAAACUUUGAUUUUAAGCUUUUGAGUAAUCAAGUAAAAUUAAAAGCUAGACUACAUUUUGAAUUUGUAUAGAAUGGCUGAUAAAAUUGCAGAGCUGAAAUUGGAUGUUGCCGAACUGAAUAAACUAUCGAAACUCUGUGAGAGGACAAGAGUGAGAGAUGUGAUCUCAUUGGAAACGAGACGACUGGAAACUGAGAUUUCACGUUUAACAGAACUCCAACAAGCCAACCAACCUGCCAACGCUCCUGUCGAGAAUAAAUCUUCACUUGUCUCAAAGAAUACGUGCUAUGACGUGAAGAUCACAAACUACGCUUGGGACCAAUCUGAUAAACUGGUGAAAAUAUUCGUAACGUUGGAAAAAGUUCAGAACCUCCCAGAGGACAGUAUUAACUCCACAUUCACUGACAGAUCAUUUGAACUCGUCGUUAAAGGUAUCGAAAACAAAAAUUAUGUUCUCACAAUUAAAAAUCUGUUGGAGGAAAUAAAUCCAAACGAGAGCAAAUGGAAAGUGAAGACAAACAGUGUCGUGUUGUGGCUGGCGAAGAAAGAGGCGGGCAAGACGUGGUCGCAUCUGACGUCAGUGGAGAAGAAGGCGAACGAAGCGAAAGCGCCACCCAAGUUCAAAGACAACGAGGACGUGUCGACUGGCAUCAUGGACGUGAUGCGUGAAAUGUACCAGAACGGCGACGACGAGAUGAAGCGCACUAUCAUGAAGUCCUGGGCUGAGAGCUCUGGCAGGGGUGGUGGUUUCUGAACAUCAGAGCCGAGACCUCUGCCAGGGGUGGCUUCUGAACAUCAUCAUCUUACUGUCUACUAGUUUACUUACUUGUAACUUGUCAUUCUCAUUAUUCAAUAAGCAAUAUACUUCCUCUUGUAAGUAACAAACUUAUUUGGAAGAUGUGAUCAUACUGAUUAUAACUCCUCAUUCUAUAAGUAACAACCCUACUCAAUAGAUGUAGUGUUAAGCCCUGCCCACACACAUCGAUUUUUGUUCGUACGAUACUUUGUCGUACUUAUAAAUUCUAUCAGAUUAAGGCUGUGCAAAGGCUAAAAAACUUUCUACUGGUGACAUUUUUUAAAGAUUUUCGAUUUGUAUACAAUCAAGCUAUCAAAAUGAGAAAGUUUUCUCAAGAAAAAUUUUUUUCUCCGAUCAUUACUUUUUGAGAUAUGAGGGCAUAAAGUUUAAAUUUUUGGGACAGGUCAUUUUAAAUUCGGUAAGAAAUAAAUCCAUGAAAUUUCGAGGAUAAAUUCUCCAUUGUAUUGUUGAUCGAAUAGAACAAACUUUUUCUGAGAAUAUCAAUUUUUGGUAAAUUGAAUAACUUCUCAAAAAUUGAUAUUUUCAGAAAAUUUUCAUUUUAUUCAAUCAACAAUACAAUGAAGAAUUUAUCCUAAAAAUCUCAUGAAUUUAUCUCUUGCCGAAUUUGAAAUUGAAAUGACUGUCCCAAAAAUUUAAAUUUUAUGCGCUGAUAUCUCAAAAAGUAAUGAUCGGAGAAAAAUUUUUAAUUUUGAUAGCUUGAUUGUAUACAAAUCGAAAAACUUUGAAAAAUGUCGCCAUUUUUUUAGCCUUUGCACAGCCUUGGCAAACAUAAUCUGUUUAAUCUAAUAGAAUUUAUAAGGACGGCAAAAUACCGUACGAACAAAAAUCGAUGUGUGUGUGCGCGGGGCUUUACUGUUAAUUCCUUAUUCAUAAACAGCAAAGUAACAAACUUAGACUAGCUACACACAUAUCGAUUUUUGUUGGUACGAUAUUUUGCCGUCCUUAUAAAUUCUAUUAGAUUAAACAGAUUAUGUUUGUCAAGUUCCGUUUAAUCUGAUACAAUUCAUAAGGACGAUAAAAUAUCAUACGAACAAAAAUCUAUGUGUGUGUGUGUGCCGGGCUUCACUUGGAAGAUGUAAUGAUACUGAUUAUAACUCAUUCUAAGCAACCAACCUACUCAAUAGAUGCGGUUAAUUCCUCAUUUAUAAACAGCAAACUUUUUUUGUAACAAACUUGGAAGAUAGAAUCAUACUUAUUAUAAUUCAUUCAUAAAUGCAGGGUUACUGUUUCUGUUCUCAUUUAUAACAGAAAACUUAUUGAAUCAUACUUAUUAUAACUCAUUCAUAUAUGCAGUGUUAUUGUUAAUUUCUUAUUUAUAACAGAAAACUUAUUUUGUAACAAAUUUACUUGGAGGACAUAAUCAUACUGAUUAUAACUCAUUCUAUGAGCACCAAACCUACUCAAUUGAUGUAGUGUUACUGUCAAAUCCUCAUUUAUUCACAGAAAACUUCUCUUGUAACAACUUUGGAAGAUGUAAUAAUGACAACUAUGUUGCCACAUAGUAGUGACAACAAUUGAAAUGUAAUCAUAGUGAUUAAGCCUCAUUACAUUUUAAGCAACCUCUUUUGUAAAAAACUUACUUUUAAUAUACCGGUACUGUUAUCCCUUCCAUAAUCAGAAGCUUCUCUUGUAACAAAUUCACUUGAAAGAUAUAGCCUAAUAAUACUGUUAUAUAAAUCUAUUUGCAUCAAAUCUAUUUGCAUCAAACAUUUUUUGAACGUUUAUAAAUUAAUCUGGCCCAAGGUACUUUGUAUUUUACAAGUUUAUGGUGAAAUAUUGCUGUAAUUCUAGGGUUAGAAGUGUUUGGAAAGGAUUCUUCAAGUGCAAGGACAUUUAGUGUCUAGUUUAAAAUGUUCUUUGUUAUUUUGAAUGAAAUGAAAAUGUAUAAAAAACAAAUAUGAAAUAUUAAUAUUAGUAAUAUGUAUUUGCAAAAGUCCAGAUAUAUUUCCAUGUAAGAAAUUCUGGACAGUGUAGAUAACGUACAAUAUUUUUUGUUAUAGAGCUUUCCUUAGUUGAUCUUUUCUGUUCAAAUGUAGGUUAGUUUACUAAGUGAUAAGUAAGUACCAAUUUGGGUUUUUUUUUAAUUUUUCUAUUCAGUUAAUAAGCAUUUAUCUUUUGAAUGUUGAAAACAACAUUUGAAUUGAAGUUUAGUUUACCUGAAUUACAAUUCUUUUUUUUAAUUAAUAAAUUCAUGAGUAUAAAGGCAUAUUUAUUUACAAAAAUUAGUCUAUUAAGUUAUAUUUUUAUUAGUGGAGCAAACAAAAUGUAACUUCCAAUUACAUCAUUUUUCUUUUUCUCAAUAAACAUUCCUUGUCAAAGUUUGAAAUGACACAAUGAGUCUACGUUUGAAAUGAUUGCAUUGAUUGAUUGAUUGUUGUAAGCCCAGUGAACUUUUUCCAGCAUGCAAUAAACAUUAGUCGAGAAGUAA